AAAGCACAAACAGGAGAGAGGUGGGGAAAAGAGAGGGCAGCAACAAGCAAUUUUUGGACUGGUGGUUGGGAUUCUGUCUCUCUUCUUUCCUGUGUGAUGGACCAUCCAGAGAUUGAGCACUGAAGGCAGAUCCUUCUCCUCUGGUCCUUCUGCAGCAAGAAGGCCCCCCUCCCGAGCCUCAGACCAGCGAGUGGCCAGGGAUGUUCAGCUUGAUGGGAGGUGGACUGCUGUGUGCAGUCUGCGGCCUAAUCCUCCUCAUAGUUGCCACAGCAACAGACUUCUGGAUGCAGUACCGCUACUCGGGCAACCUCAGCAACCAAGGCCUCUGGCGGUUCUGUGUGGGAAGCAAAUGCCACCCGCACACCAUCACCCUCGCCUUCUGGGAUGCUACUCGGGCAUUUAUGCUCCUCUCCAUCCUCUCCUCCUUUGCUGGGAUAAUUUUGGGGCUGACUGCCUACUCUAGUAGCGUCCGAUCCACUCGAACCCGUGCAGCAGGAAUCACGCUGUUGAUUGCAGGUCUCUUUGCCCUGCUGGGUGUAUCGGUCUAUACAGGAGUGACAGUGAAUUUCUAUGGAAAACGCUAUCCUGACUGGCGUUUCUCCUGGUCCUACAUCCUGGGUUGGAUUGCGGUCAUCCUUACCAUCUCAGCAGGUGUGUUCCACAUUUGCGCUGUCCCCCGGAAUUCCUCUCCCAAUGGCUCCAAUGUGGCAAGUGGUUGAUCCACCUCCACUUCAUAACUCUGGGUCAACCCCUGUCUGGUUCAGAUGUCUGAUGUUCCCUCUCAGUCCGCUUGGUUUUUUGACCAGCACUCUGUC